ACCCCCACAGGGCCUAUAAAUGGAGACCACCACCAGCACCAUGGAAGGCAAGCAAGCUCAACAAUUCAUCCUGCUAGUGCUAGCCUCCUCUCUUGCGACAAACCAGAAAACACACACCAUGUUUCGCAACAAGAAUCGUUUUCUUGCCGACGGUGAGGUGAGCGUGCAGAAGGUGGACAAGAUUGAGCCUGUCUACAACCUGGUUAGAAGACCUGCAGUGUACACCAACCCAACGGCGGUGACGGUGGUGGCAAAGCUGCUGCCUGCUGAUGUUGCUGUCUCUGACCAGAAGAUGUUCAGGGGUCCGCUUAAGGGUGUGCCGUCGAAGAAAGAUAUCGAUGACUACAUCGCGAUGAAGAAGAAGCAGUUUGUUGAGCCAGACCCUUAGUCUGUCCCAGAAGAGAUGAAAAGUCUAAAAGCCCAACACUGGUGCUCAUGAUUUAUUAGUGCUCUCUAUCUAUACAUAUAGAACAGCUUUAUACUAUGUAAGCUAAGUAGCACCAGAAUGUCAUCUAUGAUAUACUGCUAAAUUUAUGCAUGUACUGCAUAUAUGUAUCAUGUGCAGCGCUGCUUGCUUUAUGACAUAUAUAUAUAUAUAUAUAUAACAAGAUAUAAUUA